AUGAUCACUUUCGUCCUUCAGAAAUCUGUACCCCCAAGUUUUGCAUCUCCCUGGGCGUCAGCACCGUGGCGACCCCAGGACAUCGGUCGUAUCCUACCCAGCCAGAGUGCUCUGGAGACUUCCAUGUUCCAUCUGGAGUAUUUGCUUAACAUUCACAUAAGGGACAAGCUUGCUGCAAUCAAACUGUCUCGGUAUGGGGAGGACCUGCUUUUCUAUCUUUACUACAUGAACGGAGGAGACCUCCUCCAGCUGCUGGCAGCAGUAGAGCUCUUCAACCGGGACUGGCGGUACCACAAGGAGGAGCGUGUGUGGAUCACGCGGGCGCCGGGCAUGGAGCCCACUCUGAAGACCAACGCCUAUGAGAGAGGCACCUACUACUUCUUUGAUUGUCUUAACUGGAGGAAAGUAGCCAAGGUGAAGGACAGAGGCUUGAGGACUGUUACCGUAGUUACAGUGCAUUCAGAAAGUAUUCAGACCCCUUGACCUUUUCCACCUUUUCUUUGUUACAGCUUUAUUAUAAAAUUUAUAAAAUUGUUUUUUUCUACACACUCAACCCCAUUAAAAAACAAAUAGCAAUUUUUGCAAAUGUAUAAUAAAGAAAUUAAAAAUUAAAAAAUAUAACAUUUAUAUAAGUAUUCAGACCCUUUACUCAGUACUUUGUUGAAGCGCCUUUGGCAGCGAUUACAGCCUUGAGUUUUCAUGGAUAAGUUUGGCACACCUGUAUUUGAGGAGUUUCUCCCAUUCUUCUCGGGUUCUUGGUCACCUCCCUGACCAAUGGGCUUUCUCCCCCUAUUACUCAGUUUGUCCUGGCAGACAGCUCUAGGAAGAGUCUUGGUGGUUCUACAAUUCUUCCAUUUCAGAAUGAUGGAGGCCACUGUGUUCUUGGGGACCUUCAAUGCUGCAGACAUUUUCUGGAACCCUUCCCCAGAUCUGUGCCUCGACACAAUCCUGUCUCAGAGCUCUAAGGACAAUUCUUUAGAGUUCAUGACUUGGUUUUUGCUCUGACCUGCACUGACAACUGUGAGACCUUAUAUAGACAGGUGUGCAUUUCCAAAUCAUGUCCAAGUUGUAGAAACAUCUCAAGGAUGAUCAAUGGAAACAGGAUGCACUGGAGAUCAAUUUCCAGUCUCAUAGCAAAGAGUCUGAAUACUUAUGUAAAUAAGGUAUUUAAGUUUUUUAUCUUUAAUACAUUUGAAGAAAAAAAUUACCUGUUUUCACUUUGUCAUUAUAGGGUAUUGUGAUGUCAUUAUGGGUUAUUGUGAUGUCAUUAUGGGUUAUUGUGAUGUCAUUAUGGGUUAUUGUGAUGUCAUUAUGGGGUAUUGUGAUGUCAUUAUGAGGUAUUGUGAUGUCAUUAUAGGGUAUUGUGAUGUCAUUAUGAGGUAUUGUGAUGUCAUUAUGGGGUAUUGUGUCUAGAUUGAUGAGGAAAAAACAAUGUAAUCCAUUCUAGAAUGAGUCUGUAACAUAAUGU